AUGUGGGAGGAAGGUGUACCAGAAGCAGAACACAGACAUUGUGCAAGACAUUUAGAAAAGAAUUUUAGUAAAGUAUAUAAAGAAAAGACACUUAAAGAUCUUAUGUGGAAGGCUGCAAGAAAAGUCACUAUAACUGGGUUCCAUGCAGUUAUGGAAGAGAUUAAGAAUGAGAAUGAGCAAGCAUAUGAAUGGUUAAUGGAAAAAGGGCCUAUACAUUGGAGUAGAUCCCAUUUUAGGACUCAUCCUCAAUGUGACAUACUAUUGAACAACUUAUGUGAAUCUUUCAAUGGAUUGAAGGCUAUCUUGGCUGCCAGAGACAGACCAAUCUUGUCAAUGCUUGAAAGAAUUAGGAUGUAUUUGAUGCAAAGACUUACCACCAAACGACAUUCAGUGGUUAUGUGGCAUUCCAACAUUGCACCUAAGAUUGUUGAAAUUUUAGAGAAGCAUAAAAUUGAAGCUGGGGCUCAUAUACCUACAAAAUCAUCUGAAUUCAUUUAUCAAAUCAUCAACAUGUACGGAGGCAUGUAUUUUGUGGACUUAAAGGCUAGAAGUUGUUCUUGUAGAAAGUGGGAUCUCACAGGUAUUCCAUGUGGGCAUGUUGUAGCUGCAAUAUGGCAUAAAAGGGAUGAUCCAGAUGAUUAUAUAAGCAAAUGGUACACAAAAGAGUACUAUAUGAAAGCUUAUUCACAUAAAAUAUUCCCAAUAAGAAAUCAAGAUCAGUGGCCUGUUAGUGGCAAAGCUGGCAUGGUCAAACCAAUAAGCAAGAUACAACCUGGCAGACCCAAAAAAUCAAGAAAAGUUGAUCUUGAUGAAAUGGUCCCACAUGGUGGAAGCAAAAUGAAAAGGCGGUAUGUGAAGAUUAGAUGUAGCGGUUGUGGUGUUGAAGGACACAACUUAAGAACUUGUGCUAGGAUUAAGAAACUAGUAAGUGAUUUAUCAUUUUCAAUUAUUACUAAUUGCAUUGCAUUUUGA